AUGGCUUCAAACGCGCUGAACUUCGAGCUGACCUUUCGUGACGCCGGAACCCUCAAGAAGAUCUUUGAGACUCUAGUUCCCCUUGUGAAGGACACACCCGUCUCAAUUACAGACCAUGGCCUUUCCAUCGAGACCAUUGACAAUGGCCGCAUUGCCUUGAUAUCUCUACACCUCCCUACCCAGUUCUUUAAGAACUUCCGCUGUGAAAGGGCGUGCUCGCUGGGUGUUCGUACAGCAAGCUUCUUGAAGGUGAUUAAGUUUUGCUCCAACGAUGACCUAGUGACUCUCUCUCAACGCAGUAACAGCUCCGAUCAGCUCGAUAUCCUUGUGGAGUCACGAAAGUAUAGUCAGACGAUGAACUUUUCUUUGCGCCUCUUUCGCUCUGAUGCAGACCAGAUAGAUGUCAUCCGUCCUGAGUUUGACUCUACCGUAUCCAUAGACAGUGGACGCUUUGCAGGAAUGGUCAGAGACCUGAUGGGUAUCGGAAAGACGUGUAGGAUAUUCACAAAGAGCGCAGAUACUACCGUCAGCUUUGAGGUCAUGGGCGAGGACACCAAGUGUGUAAUUACGCUGGGUAUGUCUGGGUACGUUCGUACCAAAGAAGAGGACGCAGCCGAUGAUCCUGAUGAUGGCGACGGAGAAGGCUAUGGAGAGGUGGAGAUUCGGGUGAAAAAUGAGGUCAAUAAGAAGUAUCCGCUCACGUAUAUUUCUAAUUUCGCUAAAGCUGCCCCCCUCAGUGAUAAGGUCCUUCUUGAACUCAGUGAUAACUCGCCCAUGCGUCUCUGUUUCCGCAUCAGAAAUGAAGGAGGCGGAAGCCUUGCGUUCCUUCUUGCCUACAAAGUGGAUGAUGAGGAUGAGGAAGACGGUGACGAAGAAGGUUUGGAUGGAGACGAUAUCUAG